GUGUUUUAGCCACGCCGGCCCCCUUUGGCCUCGGACAACGGCGGCUCCUUCCUUCCGCCCAGGUACACGGCCGCCUGCUCCCGCCUCCUGGUGCAGUACAAGGCCGCCUUCAAGCAGGUGCAGGGGCUGGAGAUCAACUCCAUCGACGACUUUUGCCGCCGGUUCCGGCUGGACUGCCCGCUGGCCAUGGAGCGGAUCAAGGAAGACCGGCCAAUCACCAUCAAAGACGACAAGGGCAACCUGAACCGUUGCAUCGCGGACAUCGUGUCGCUCUUUAUCACCGUGAUGGACAAGCUGCGCUUGGAGAUCCGGGCGAUGGAUGAGAUCCAGCCAGACCUUCGGGAGUUGAUGGAAACCAUGAACCGCAUGAGCCAUUUACCCCCCGACUUCGAGGGGCGGCAGAAAGUGAGCCAAUGGCUGCAGACCCUGAGCGGCAUGUCGGCUUCGGACGAGCUGGACGAUUCCCAGGUGCGCCAGAUGCUCUUCGACUUGGAGUCGGCCUACAACGCCUUCAACCGCUUCCUACACUCGUGAGGCCGCCAAGCGCGGCCGAGAGCCCCGGGGGGCCCGUCCCUCCAGAGGGGGAAAUGCAACGGGGGGGGGGGCCUCCGCCACGCGUUUGCCCCCGGGUUUCAAAGGCCGCUGGGGGGGGGGAGAGUCAAACGCAAAGGCUCGCGUUUCCCUUCCAUCGGAGAAGCCCUCGUUGCGUGGGUCACGUUGCAGGUAUUUUCACUACGGGGUGGGGGGCAUUGGACCAGCCCCUCCUUUUGCAGCCUGGAAUUGGGGAGCAGUAGUAGAUUUGGGGUGGGGGGUGUUAUGUGUAUUUAUUUGGGUUUUGCUUUCAGCCUCGGAGAGGCAAAAAAUUUUGUGGGUCUGAAGCAAAUAAAAA